AUGUCCCAACCAACGACUGCCAUGCUACCCCAGCUUCCCAACGAGCUCCAUCUGCAUUAUGCCAGUUACCUCAAUGGGCAAUCCAUAUUCCGACUCAGCAAGACUUGCAAAGCCCUGAGGGCUGUAUUCCGGGAUGAGGCCCAGAGGAUCAUCAAGCACGUCGAAGCGGAUGCCCUAACGUACGACCACUACUGGGACGGGGUCAGGGUCCCGGAGGACCAUCCCGACAUCUUUGUGCAUGUCCGAGAUCAUCAGAAUGCGUGCACCCUUACGUAUGAGUACGGCAUCGGUACUGGCAGCGACUGGGAAGACGCGGUGAGAGAGGGGAAUGGCGAGGAGAUCCAACGGUUUCUGGAAGCCGGACUUAUGCCGACCGUGCGGUCGCGCGGCCUUCGCGGGCCGUUGCUGCACGGGGUCAUUAAAUGCCAGAAAGCCUUCAGGGAAGACAUCACCACUCUGCGCCUCUUGCUCGAGGUCGGCGCCCGGCCCAACGCCCUCGACUAUAACGGUCGCACCGCGCUGGAUGCUGGGCGGACCUUCGACCCGAGUCCCGCGUAUGCGGCAUGGCUGGAGCUGAUUCUUGUGUAUGGAGGGAAGGCAAGGGAGCUUCACGUGCUUGCGAUGUUAUACAGGGCGGGGAGUGUCCAUGGAAAUCACGAUGGCAAUGGCAAUGGUCUUGAACAUGGCUCGAGGCUAGUCCGCAAGGCGAUCGCCAACGGUACGAACGUGGUCCGCGCGGAGUUCAGCACCGAACAGGUGUGCGAUCUGGUAGGCCUCGUGCCCGAACUUCUGGAUCUGGUCGAUGGGCGGGGUCAGACCGCGAUGGACGAUAUAAUGAAGGACCGGCCCGCGGUGGCGCGGUCUCUAGAACAGACCAAACACCCCGGCAUUGAGAAAGUGCGAGACACAUGGAUCACUAGGCAAGGAGGCAAGCGCUAUUGUCGAAUUCUCAACGCGCCGGAGCUGUGGGAGUACUUGGAGAGCCUGGAAGCCAUAGAGCCGGAUCUUCAGAGUCUGCAGGAGGAAGCGGUUCAAUUGUCGUUUGAUGACAUCAUGAAGUACCACCCAGCAGUCGCGCUUUACAUGGAGGUGAUCGAUCAUCCUCGGAUUGACGACCUGGCCAACACAUGGAUCAUGGAGCGAGGGCGUGAGAUCUAUCAGGAGGCGCUCGACGGCCAUGAUCCGGCUUGUGUUGCUUGA